UUUAUUUUACUCAUAUCGUUGAACACUUAACUACCCACACUUCACAUAAUUUAAUCAAACAUUAACCUUCUACUCUACUUCGAACAAGCAAACACGACCUUAUUCAGUCCGAAAUCUCCCAGGACUAUUUCCGUACUCGAUGGCCCGUUUUUGUUGAAUGUCAGUCAUCGUAGAGCCUUGCUCAACACUCAACAGUCUUUAAACUGUAACGGUGAAAGGCAGCUUGCGGUGGGGGCACACUGGCUCUUGCCAGUCUGCCGCGGACGUUCAACACCACACGACACCCAAGCUUUGACCACCAGAGUCAACGGCCGAUGGCAAACUUUUACUUUCGCGCACUUUUUUGAAUAUCCAUGUGUAGUGGGUGAUGUGAUGAAUCUAAACGAGUGAUUACAUGUGCUAGUUGAGGACAAUUACAAUAUGUUACUGUGUAUUUCACUUAUUGUUUGGAUGGCUGCUCAAGCGCCGGCUACGGCUCAAGUAGAGCGUCGUUGUGGCCACCCCGCAGUCCCGCCGAACGCUCGUGUGUCCUUGCCGACCCAAGACAUCGUCCCAGGGACAGUAGCCAAGUACGAGUGUGAUGAUGGAUAUGAGCUUUUCGGAGCCCACCAGAGAGAAUGCACGCUGAGAGGCGAGUGGACUACAGAGCCACCAUUUUGUGGCACGAACGUGGCCUUUCGAAAACCAGCGAACCAAUCCACCACCGUACGAGGUGGAGGUGCAGGCAACGGUAACGAUGGUGAGAAGACAACUGAACACGAUGGCAAGAGGUGUACAGAAACACAACGAGAAGCUUCACCUUGGUGGCAAGUGGAUCUGCUCAGGCAUUACGCAGUCAAAGUAGUCAGAGUCACGACUAGAGGAUGUUGUGGGCAUCAACCACUUCAAGAUCUGGAGAUUCGGGUGGGUAACAGUAGCUCAGACCUGCAACGAAACCCACUGUGUGCCUGGUUUCCCGGCACAAUCGAUGAAGGAGUGACGAAAACAUUUACAUGCGCCAGGCCGUUAAUAGGGCAGCACGUGUUCCUGCAGCUGGUCGGCGUGGAGGGCUCACUGUCACUCUGCGAAGUUGAGGUUUUCACCACUGAAGAAUUCUCAAACGACCGUUGCGCGCCCACCAGUGCACCAGCCGACAUCGAACUAGCAGCUUUCUCCAGAAAUUGUUAUGAAUUCAACGUAGCCAAGGGAGGCUCUUUCGAGGAUGCUCGCAAACAGUGUCAGUCCCACGGGGGUGAUUUAAUUCACGGUUUUCAGGGUGCCACGUCAAGUUUUCUGAUACAAGAACUAGAGAGGCGUAAAGCACAAUUGAAGACACAACUGGUGUGGAUUGGAGCGCAGAAAGAACCAGGCAUUACUUCCAGGACUUGGAAAUGGGUUAAUGGCGACGUGGUCUCCAAACCAACCUGGGGCAAGGACCAACCAAACAAUUACAACGGCGAACAAAACUGCGUAGUGCUGGACGGUGGAAGGGCGUGGCUGUGGAAUGACGUUGGCUGCAAACUGGACUAUCUCCACUGGAUCUGCCAGUACCUGCCCUCGUCUUGCGGGAGUCCAGAUAAACUUCUAAACACUACCAUCGAGGGUACAAAUUACCACGUGGGUUCUUCAAUACAGUACAAGUGUCCUGAGGGUCAUAUGUUGUUGGGAGAUGAGUCGAGGGAGUGCAAAUCUGAUGGAUUUUGGUCGGGGUCAGCACCCAGCUGUAAAUAUGUAAACUGUGGUAGCAUAACUCCGAUACAAGAUGGCGAUCUCACCUUAGUGAAUAGUCGAACGACACACGGCGCCAAAGCUCUGUACACGUGCAGAGAAAAUUAUACGUUAGUUGGAGAACCGGAGAGAGUAUGUGGCAACGAAGGUUUAUGGACUGGGGAGCCGCCAAAAUGUUUGUUCGACUGGUGUCCGGACCCACCACCUGUAGCAGGAGCCGUUGUCGCAGUUGGUGGUCACAAGGCAGGCGAUCUCGCCACUUAUGCGUGUCAAAAUGGAUUCAUACUCUUCGGAUCACCGAGUGUAACGUGCACACUCGGAGGGCUGUGGUCAGGCACACCUCCAUCUUGCAAAUACGUAGACUGCGGGACACCAGCUCAAGUCCACAAGGGGUCCUUCAGGCUUCUAAAUGGUACCACGACUUACGGCUCGGUGGUGCAGUUCAGCUGCGAAACUGAUUACUGGCUAGAUGGCGCUGAAUCCCUCACUUGUAACCGCGACGGAAAAUGGUCACACGACAUACCUUCCUGCGAAUUGAUAUCUUGCCUGGACCCUGAAGUACCAGCUGGUGGUUACAUGGAGGGGUACGACUAUAAUGUCCACUCUACGGUCUACUUCCACUGCGAGAAAGGUCACAAACUGAUAGGUCAUCAGAGGCUGACUUGUCAACAAGAUGGGGAGUGGUCAGGCGACUAUCCACUAUGCGAAUAUGUGGAUUGUGGGAAACUACCUCCAUUACCAUACGGAACGGCGGAGUUAUUGAAUGCAACCACCCAUCUUGGCAGCAUCAUACAGUACUCCUGUACUACCAAUUACCGUCUCGUGGGCCCCGUGAGAAGGGUCUGUACAGAGGACCACCAGUGGAGUGAGAGCUCACCAAGAUGCGAGGAAAUUCGCUGUCCCGAUCCCGUAGUAGCCGAGAACAGCAUUGUGUCGGUCACAGGCAAUGAUAGAAUGCACGGACGCACCCUUAUAAGGACUUCAGUCAGUACCAAUUCCGGCAACACUUAUCGUAUCGGAGCUCUUGUCAAGUACAGAUGCGAGAGAGGCUACAAAGUUGUUGGGGAGAGUCUCUCCACCUGCGAAGAUGGUCAAUGGAGCGGAGUCACGCCUCGAUGUCAAUAUGUGGACUGCGGUAAUCCUGGUCGCCUGGAGAACGGCAAGGUGACGCUGGCUACCAAUGCAACAUACUACGGUGCCACAGCCCUAUAUGAAUGCGAGGAACAUUGGCAGUUGAACGGUGUCUCUAGGCGACUUUGUCAGGAUAAUGGCACGUGGAGUUCUGAAGCGCCAGUCUGUAAUGAAAUCACGUGCGUGGAUCCUUCUAUCCAAAUCAAGGGAAGCACAGGCCUUAUAGUAGUGACAUCAACACUCAGCAUAGGUGGUGAGGCACACUACCGCUGUGAGCGAGGUUACAGCCUGAAAGGAAACCAAACGAGGACUUGCUUGCCUCGCGGACAGUGGAAUGGCGCACCACCUGUAUGCAUUCCUAUCGACUGCAAAUCUCCAGGCCAGAUCGACAAUGGACGCAUAAUAAUAUCAAACAGUUCAACUCUCUUUGGUAGCUCUAUAGAAUAUCACUGUCUACCUCAAUACCAGAGAGUCGGGCCUUUCCUUCGCAAGUGUCUGGAUGAUGGUAGAUGGUCCGGUGAAGAGCCAAGCUGCGAACUGGCUACAAAUGAAGCGGCUGAGAGUGGCACUCUGCCACUGAGCGUCGGGGUCGGAUGUGGAGUGGUUCUGUUCUUACUCUUGUUAUUGGGAAUCAUCUAUUUAAGACUGCGAAAAGCAACACCAGUUAAAAACACUGAAAACAUUGAAGGCGCAGAGCGGAAAGAGGACGCGAAUGCUGCCGUAAUGAGUUAUGCGACGCUUCACGACACAAACGGCCGCCAUAUUUACGACCACGUGACUGACAAUGUAUACGACUCGCCGUAUAGCGAGAGAAUAGCCGACAACGCCGAGUAUGGCCGGAGGAGCGACACGGAUUCCGCCUACGAACCAGAGCCAACAGGGCCGAACGCUGUCGUCACGAUCAACGGCGUUGCUGUCCGUUGAUUACAGUGCAAUUGUUUUGGUGCAGUGAAUAAACAUUGAGUCAUACUGCUUAAGGAAUAACGAGCCUGUUAUUUUUUUUCAUUCUAAGCGUGUACAUAGGUGACCAUACAAUAUGGUGUAUUAGAGACAAUAAAUUAUGUCCUGUGUCAUAAACCUUAUUGAUGUUAUAUUUAGGUUCCUGUGAAUUGAGUCAAUAUUGCAAUUUGCACUCGUUACUAAAUUUGUCACAGCGGUUACCAUUUUGUCUUAAACUCCAAUGUUCAAACUGACAAAUAUGAGUAGUAUUAAGUGUAGAUUUUUUAAUUGGUUAAGUGUUUAAAUUAAGACAUGUCGACGGUAAUGAUGCAUCCCACAUCACAUCACCAACACUUACUAGGUAUUGAACCAAAGAUGUAAAUGAGUUGGAAUUGUACUUUUUAGAUAUGUGUAUUUAAUACUUGAGGUUGCAAUUCUUUGCUUUAAUAAUUACAUUAAAUUAUAUAAUUUUUUUAGUUUCCG